AAAAAAAAAAUUUUUUUUUUUUUAUAAUCAACAUGCCGACUUCACAAAAUUCUGAAACUUCAAAUAAUGAUGAUACAACAAAAGAUUUUAUAGAUAAUUAUAUUAAAGAUAUAAAUACAUAUUUAGGUGAUUUUUUAAAAUCAUCACAACCUACUUAUGAUCCAAAUGAUAAUUCAAUUAAGGAUUCAUUACCAACAAACACGACGACGACAACUAGUUCAGAAAAAGAACAUGAAACACAAGGAGAAACAACAAAAUCAUCAUCUGUUUCAUUGUCCGAAUUAUUAAAAUCUCCUACUGUAAACCCUGAUAUAUUUUCAAAUCGACCUUUUAAAGAUGAAAAUAAUAACAAUGAGUCAUCAUUAUCAUCAUCAUCACCAUCACCAUCAUUAACAUCUGAUGAUAAUAAGAAACAAUCAUUAGCACAAAAACUUAAAAUAUCAGAAAUAAGUACUGAUUAUUUUAAUCAAAAAAAAGAGAUAUGGAAUGGUGCAUUAAUAAAUUGUUCUGAAUUACAUAUAAAAUUACAAGAAUGUAUGUCUUUUGGUGGAAUAUUUGAUAAAGCUAGUUUAUGUAUAAAAGCGAGAAGAAAAUUUUGGGAUUGUAUGGAAGAUCAAAAAAAAUUUUUACAAGAUAGUGGAUAUGCUUCUCCAGGCAAAAGUUUAGCAGAAAAUGACGAAAUUUUAUAUGAAGCAGACUUGUAUAAUAUUUCUAAACUUGAUAAAGAAGAGCAAUCAUAAAAUAUUUUUUUUUUAAUUACUAUGUACAGUAAAAUAAUUAAAGAUUUAUUAUGAAAAGAUAUCGAUAUUGUAUUUGUUUUAUAACAUUUGGAACAAUAAACUAAUAAAUAAACUCCACUUAUUUAAUUUAUUUUUUUAAAAAAAUAAAGAAAUUAAGAUAAUUUAUUUUAUUUAAUUCAUACCAAUUUACACCAAUUCACACUCAUUUUGUUUAUAUUAUAAUCUUCUAAGUUUUCUUGGUCUACAUCCAUUAAAAGGUAAAGGAGUAGUAUCAGUAAUUCGUCUAACAUUCCAUUGAUUCUCUACAUUAGCUAUAGCCUUAAAAGCAGCAUCUCUACCAGGACCAAAUCCAUUUAUACAAAUUUCAACAUUUUUAACAUUUAAAUUUUUUUCUUUAAUUUUUUGUAUAACACCAAUAGCAGCUUGAUGAGCAGCUUCAUAACCACCUCUUUG